AUGGAAAUUGAUCCAAUCAACGUCGAGAAAUCGGAGCAACUGAGAUGGAGCAGCUCAGACGAACAAAGCUUGGGCAUGGGCCGCGUUAGGCUCUACCGCUGCACCUUUUGCCAGCGAGGUUUCUCUAAUGCACAGGCGCUCGGAGGCCACAUGAACAUCCACAGGAAAGAUAGAGCCAAGCUUCGGGAGUUUUCCGGCGACAACAACUUGCUUUCCCUCAGCGUCUCCGCUCACCCUCAUGCUCACGAUUCGCCGUCGCCGCAGCGCGUUGAUUCCGGUGAUGAACAGCCUGCAGGUAGUCCCCCGGAGCGGCCGCCGGAAGUGGGAGACGGUCAUGUCCCCAACGGGAAAGCUAAUGGAAGGGAAGAUCUUUUGCUUUUACCCUUGUUCGUUGAGAUCCCAUCGCCGGCUAACAACGGAAAGGAGAUUAGCAGUGUGGUUGGGGAUGUUCCUAAGGCGGCCGUGCAGUUGAGCGACGACGGUUCACCGCCAGCGUCGCCGGAGUUGGACCUGGAGCUCCGAUUAGGAGUGGAGCCUCAGCAACAUGAUUCGGUAGUGAACAUCCCGCCGAUCAACCAAGUUAUUAGCCAACACUAG